AUAUUAUUACCGGUCAUUCCCUCCCAACACUUUUCCCCCUGAGUCCCCUGAAAGUCACACGACACAGAAAAACCGAAGAAAAGGAACCGACCCCUCACGGAAACUUGAUUCCGAUUGUAGUUUAGAAUUUCCCUUUGAUGAGUGAGAGAGUGAAGAAAGAAAAACAAACGGGGGACAAAAGGGAGAGGAUGAAGAACAUCUUCAAGAAGCUUCACAUAGGUAGCAGCCACGAUCCUCAUCGAUCCAAUGAGCCUUCGCCUCCUGUGCCGUCGCCUUCGUGCGCCACCGAUCAGUCUCAGAGCUCCGCCGCCACUCCGCCGAGUCCUUCUUCGGCGUCGCCGUCGUCGUCGCCGUCCACGCUGGUGGUAACUCCCAGCUGCGGCGGCGGCGGCGCGAGUCCGGUGGUGAAUCGGCAGGACUUUUUCUCGUCGGAGGAAGAGUUUCAGGUGCAGCUAGCCCUAGCUAUCAGCGCUUCCAAUUCGGAGUUCCGCGAGGAUCCUGAGAAGGAUCAGAUCCACGCGGCGACGCUGUUGAGCUUGGGAGGCCAUCGAAUCGAUUCGACGAGGAACAAGGACGAUGUGGCGGAGGCUCUGUCGAGGCAGUACUGGGAAUAUAAUGUGCUUGACUAUGAGGAGAAAGUGGUAGAUGGUUUUUAUGAUGUAUAUGGGCCCUAUAAUGAUUCAGUAAUGCAAGGAAAGAUGCCAUCUCGAACAGAUCUUGAAGCAAACCCUGGAGGUUCUGAGUUGGUCAUUGUUAAUCAAACAAUUGAUCCUGCUCUGGAAGAACUGAUACAAAUUGCACAAUGUAUUGCAUUAGACUGCCCUGUCUCUAGUUUGGUACAAAGGCUUGCUGAACUUGUUACAAGUCAUAUGGGUGGUCCUGUAAAGGAUGCUGGUAUCAUGUUAGCAAGAUGGACCGAAACAAGAGCAGAGUUAAGGACAUCUCUUCACACAAUUGUAUUGCCUCUUGGGUCCUUAAAUAUUGGGCUCUCUAGGCAUCGUGCUUUGCUAUUCAAGGUAUUAGCUGACAACAUUAAUAUGCCUUGUAGACUGUUAAAAGGUAGUCAUUACACUGGUGUGGAGGAUGAUGCUGUCAACAUUAUAAAGUUGGAGGGUGAAAGGGAGUUUUUGGUUGAUCUCAUGGCUGCUCCAGGGACACUUAUCCCAGCUGAUAUUUUAAGCACCAAGGAUAGUGCCUUUAAGUCUUACAAUCCCAAGAUUUUGCCAAGUUUACCCUCCACUAAGGAUAAUGAAUUUUCUUACUCAAGACCUAUCCAACCAUUUCAUGGUGAAGGUAGUAGUCAAAAUUCUGUGAUAAAAGAUUAUUCACUGCCCUGGAAUGGAAAACCAUAUUUUGAGAAGUCAGAGCCUUCAAACUUAGGUUUGAGUAGAGAGAGUGGCACUGGUCCUUCUAAAAUUCCUAAUAAAGGGACUCCUAACCAACUAGACAAUUUGCCAGCCUUGUCUGGUGCUUCUCUGUACAAAGGGACACUUGGAAUGAAUACAGUUGGUGAUGGGACAAGAUUGAAUGUCAAUGUUGUACCAUAUACUAAUAUCAGCCCCAAUGACUCUCGGAACCUUUUUGCAGAUCUUAACCCAUUCCAAAUAAAAGGAAUGGGGAAAGCCCCUGUGCAUAACAAACCUGUGGAAAAUAAACCUCCUGAGCUUAAAAGUACUAAAAACAAUACUGUUUCUGGUAGACCCCCAGUGCCACUGAUGUGGAAGAAUCGUCCUGCUUACAAUGAAGACCCCAGGAAAACUAAUCAUAACCCUAAUGAUUACAACCCUCCCUUAUUUGUUUCCAAUGGUUCUUCUACGUCUGAAAAUAUUGACCUUAGUAGUUCCAAACCAUUGUAUAAUUCAAAUAUAAAUAAUGAUGUAAAUGCUCAAACUUUGGCGCAAGUUACUGGUUCAGUUUCACCACCUACUGUACCUAAACUGAACCAGAUUGAGGAUCUCAAUGCAGAUUUUAACCAGGGGGGUUUGGAAGAUUCUCAAUAUGUCAUGGUAGAGGCAGUUAGAGAACCUGAAAAUGUUGAAAUCAGACAUCAUGAUCAGAGGAAGUGUACAUAUGACAGAUUCAUGGGAAGCAAUUUGAAAUUAAAAGAUCCAGAGAGUCCUAGCUCAUCAAUUGAUUCCAUCACAAACAGGAUUGAUCCAAUAUUGGAUGAUGUAGAUGUUGGUGAAUGUGAGAUUCCAUGGGAGGAUCUGGUUCUUGGUGAAAGAAUUGGUAUAGGUUCAUAUGGAGAGGUAUACCAUGCCGACUGGAAUGGCACAGAGGUUGCUGUGAAGAAAUUUUUGGAUCAGGAUUUUUCAGGUGCUGCAUUGUCAGAAUUCAAAAGAGAAGUACGGAUAAUGCGUAGGUUACGUCAUCCAAAUAUUGUUCUUUUUAUGGGUGCUGUUACUCGUCCUCCCAAUCUCUCAAUCAUUUCAGAGUAUCUACCAAGAGGAAGCUUGUACCGAAUUCUUCAUCGCUCUAAUUAUCAGAUUGAUGAGAAACGAAGAAUAAAAAUGGCUCUGGAUGUGGCUAGGGGCAUGAAUUGCUUACACACCAGCACACCUACAAUUGUUCAUCGAGAUCUAAAGUCUCCAAAUCUUUUGGUUGAUAAGAACUGGAAUGUUAAGGUAUGUGAUUUUGGGUUGUCACGGUUGAAGCACAACACAUUUUUGUCAUCCAAGUCAACUGCUGGAACGCCGGAAUGGAUGGCUCCUGAAGUUCUCCGCAAUGAACCCUCAAAUGAGAAAUGCGAUGUUUAUAGUUUUGGAGUCAUCCUAUGGGAGCUUGCCACUCUAAGGUUGCCGUGGAGUGAAAUGAAUACUAUGCAAGUUGUUGGUGCCGUUGGUUUCCAAAACCGUAGACUUGAUAUUCCGAAGGAAGUCGAUCCUAUAGUUGCAAGAAUAAUCUGGGAGUGUUGGCAACAGGAUCCAAAUUUGCGGCCCUCGUUUGCACAACUCACAGUGGCUCUAAAGCCUCUGCAGCGUCUGGUUAUCCCAUCUCAUCAUGACCAGGUAGCUCCACCUAUGCCGCAGGAGAUUUCUGUAAAUUCAACCCCCUGAAAUGUCUCGCUUCAAGUGUGAAUAAUUAGGCAUUUUGCAUAGUUAUGUGCGUAUAAACUAUAAAGGUAACAAGAACACAAUAAAAGGGGAAAAAAAUAUAUCAAAGCUUGUAACGGAAAAUGUUUGUGUUGAGGAAAAUAUCAACUGCUGCAACCAAACAACUGCAGAGCCAUUUUGUAUUUGUGAUGAUAGCUUGUCCGAGGAACCAAAACUCGGUAAUGUGUAAAUUACUGUUCUUGAAAGCAAGAAUAUUUAUACUUUUGCAAAAAAGUACGUUUUACCGGAAAUGUCUAGAAUUUGGCCAAGCAGUAUGUGCUCAAGGUUUAAUGUGGUGGUGACGAAGCUCGUAUACUACCGAAAAGGUCUUCAACAUUUUAUGAGUCAAGGUUGUUACCAUGAAGAAAUAGAGUAUUUUGGCACCA